AUGGUCGCCUUCUCUUCCGUUCUCCUUGCCCUCAGCGGCGCUGCCUCCGUGCUCGCCAGCCCCAUCAACACCACCAGCAACGCCUUGAACCUCAUCACUCGUGCCACUUCCCCCGGAACUGGUACCCACGAUGGUUUCUUCUACUCGUUCUGGACUGAUGGCCAGGGCUCAGUAACCUACAACAACGAGGCCGGCGGCAAGUACUCCGUUCAGUGGAGCAACGUCAACAACUUUGUUGCUGGAAAGGGAUGGAACCCAGGACAGCCCCGCACCAUGUCCUACUCCGGUUCAUGGAACGCGGCCAACGUCAACUCGUACAUCGCUUUGUACGGCUGGACCAGGAACCCCCUCGUCGAGUACUACAUCGUCGAGUCCUUCGGCAGCUACAACCCCUCUUCCGGCGCCCAGAAGAAGGGCACCGUCUCCUCCGACGGUGGCGUCUACGACGUCUUCCAGACCAUGCGCUACAACCAGCCCUCCAUCGACGGCACGUCGACCUUCCCCCAGUUCUGGUCUGUCCGCCAGCAGAAGCGCGUUGGUGGCACCAUCAACAUCGCCACCCACUUCAACGCCUGGCAGCAGAACGGCCUCCAGCUCGGCCAGCACAACUACCAGAUUCUCGCCACUGAGGGAUACCAGAGCUCUGGUUCUUCCUCUAUCACCGUUUCUGCUUCUUAA